AUGCUGAAAACUUCCGCCAGGGCUCACGAGGCCCCUGGAACCGAGGUGCGCCAGUGGCGAGUCCACGAAAAUGCUUCCAGCCUCCACAACCCUUCUCCCGAUGGAAUAUUUGGGAGAUGUCAGAGAGUGCCAGUAAUAGACAUCUAUAAAUAUGACAUUUCAGCCCCUGUUCUGCAGCACCUGAGGAUCAUCCUGGAGCAGCUCUCACACAGAGGUUUUACCUGGCGAGAUGAUUACACACAGCAUGUUAUUGGUCAGGAACUCUCAACCAUUCACAAAAUCUACAGCAGACACCCUGAUGUAUUUGCAUCUGAAAGAUCUGACACAGGAAGGACUUUGGGACAGAAUGAAGACAAUGAAAGAAAUUAUGAUGUAGAAAAUGAUGUGAACUUGGCCAAGUCUCUUCAGCAAUACCUUAAAUAUCUCAGAAUUCUCUCCCAGUCUUCAUCUAAAAAUUUGUAUCCAAGGAAGACAAGUGACAAAGCUUCUGUCAAGAGCUACAUCUACAAUGACCCUAUGAGCUACUACAUGAGGCAGAACCUCAAAGAGCUAUCACCUCCUUUGGCCCAUGCAUCCAAAUCGCUCCAGGAUUUCCCUGAGGAUCCCCGUGGGAGGACGCUCAGCCAGCUGCAGCCAGCCCAGCUCUCGCCGGAGUCGGGAAUGGGGCUCAGCCAGAAGAGCCUGAUGGCCUCACUGCACUCCUACAUCACCCAGAACCUGUCUGCACAGAGCAGCGAGAAAAGCCCUCACAGCAGGACUAAAGGGUCCCGGGUUUAUGCUGAGAGAUUGUACUCUACACAAGUCAGUCCUUUUGAUGGAACUUUAGCCAAAGGAAAAGCGGAAGAUUUCAAAAUGAGGAAGCUGUUCCAGCCGAGGCCUGUGCCUGGAGUGCUGAGGCCAACCCCUGAGAUGUUGAGUCAUAAAUCUCCUUCCCAGGAUGAUCCAAAGGACCCUCUGAGCAUUGUGGAUGAGGCACUUAUUAAAAAUGUAUUGAAGGACCUAGAGAAACACCAAGUGAAUGUGGAGAAUCUCAGCUCAACAGAACUGGAUGAAAUCGCUGAUACUAUCGCCACUGCAAUUCAAAAUGUUGACAUUCAGGAAGAAACAGAAAGAAAUGCUGGAAAAACUAAAGAAGACAAAACAGAAGCACAAAUGAAGAAAGGAGAUGCUCAUGGAAGGGCAGAGCUUCAGACUGGAUUAAUGGAAAACAGUGUUAAUAUACCAGACAAUGGAGUGCAUGAAGCCAGCGUGAGAACUCAAAAAGAGGAGAACACUGCAAAACUAAUUAGAUUCUUGAAUGAGAAUGCAUUAGCUGAAAAUAUGCAUAAAGACCUUUUUCCUGAAGAACCUACAAAGACAGAAACUAAGAAAUCUGAAGAAACUGAUCCACUGGCCUCAGAAGAAACAAAUGCUGGUGUGGAAAAUGUAAAAAGUGAGACUUUCUCAAGGGAGCUGACAACUGCCAAGAACAGUGAAUCUGACUCCAAAGACCCUAACCAGACCAGCUACUGGAUUAAGAAUGCUUUAAUGCAGGAAGGAAAUUCCUAUGAAAAACCUCAGAAAAGCACAGGACAAGGCUUACAACUUGAAGUAAAGUCUUCUGAGGAGAAAGAAUAUGGCUAUAUUGUGACAGUGAAAGACCCCCUGAGUGUGGAAAAGGGCUUGGAGUUAAUAAAGGAAGUGGCAGAUCUCCUGAAGCUGCAGAUGAGUGUCUUCGAUGAUGUCAACGUGCUGGGACCAGCUGUGACCUUCCGAGUGCACUCAAACCUCCAAAAUAUUUCAACUGCAGAUGUUGCCAAAGAAGCAGCCAUAAACAAAGAGAAGCUUGAAAAAACAACUGGACUCAAAAUUCUGCAGACUGGUGUGGGGGAGAAAAGCAACGUCCCGCCGCUCGCGCAGCGCGGGGAAGAGGCAGAGUCCGCGAAAUUCCUCCUCCUCACCCUCCUCUCCCUCGCCUGCAUCGCCGGGGUCCUGGCGGCGUCGGGGGUCGCCUACUGCCUCCGCCACCGCGCCCACCACCGCCUGAAGGAGAAGCUCUCUGCCCUGGGGGCUGACGCCGGCUCCGAUGCGCCCGCUGCUUACCAGGAGCUAUGCCGGCAGCGCAUGGCAGUGAAAACCUCUGAUCGCCCCGAGCCCCUGCACUCGUCUCGAAUCAACAGCGUUUCCUCUCAGUUCAGCGAUGGGCCCAUCCCCAGCCCCUCAGCCCGGAGCAGCACCUCGUCCUGGUGUGAGGAGCCGGUCCAGUCCAACAUGGACAUCUCCACCGGUCACAUGAUCCUGUCCUACAUGGAAGAUCACCUGAAGAACAAGAAUCGUCUGGAGAAGGAGUGGGAAGCUCUGUGUGCUUACCAGGCUGAGCCCAACGACAGCACCGUAGCGCAGCAGGAGGAAAAUGUGCCGAAGAACCGCUCGCGGGCUGUAGUACCAUAUGACCAUUCCAGGAUAUGUCUGAAAGGUGAAAGUAGCCAUGACAAUUCAGACUACAUCAAUGCCAGUCCAAUUAUGGACCAUGACCCCCGAAAUCCUGCAUAUAUUGCUACCCAGGGCCCUCUCCCUGCUACUGUUGCUGACUUCUGGCAGAUGGUCUGGGAGAACGGCUGUGUCGUUAUUGUCAUGCUGACACCCCUCGUGGAAAACGGAGUCAAACAGUGCUACCACUAUUGGCCAGACGAAGGGUCAAACCUCUACCACAUCUACGAGGUAAAUCUUGUCUCUGAGCACAUCUGGUGCGAGGAUUUCCUCGUGAGGAGCUUCUACCUGAAGAACCUGCAGACAAACGAGACCCGCACAGUGACACAGUUCCACUUCCUCAGCUGGAACGAUCGGAGGGUUCCUGCUUCCACCAGAUCACUUCUGGAUUUCCGCAGAAAAGUAAACAAGUGCUACAGGGGUCGGUCUUGUCCAGUAGUUGUUCAUUGCAGUGAUGGUGCGGGAAGAAGUGGAACCUACAUUCUAAUUGACAUGGUUCUCAAUAAAAUGGCCAAAGGUGCUAAAGAGAUUGAUAUUGCUGCUACCCUGGAGCACUUGAGGGACCAGAGACCAGGCAUGGUCCAGACAAAGGAGCAGUUUGAGUUUGCUUUGACAGCGGUGGCAGAGGAAGUGAAUGCAAUACUCAAGGCCCUUCCCCAGUGAGCAGCUCAGACUCCCGAAGGUUCCCGCAGAAUCCAUCCCUCGUUCUCCUCAUCCUCAGUCCCUGUGAAUGUUCUUGGAAACCGUGACCUGACCUUAACUGUGUAUCUUCUGUUGUAACCACAUAGUGAUAGGGUCCUUACAAACUCCUUUAGCUGGUAAAAGUUCAACAGUUAAAAUAUGUAUUCUGUUUUUUGGGGUUUUAAACAAAAUUUUUAAAGUACAUCAAAGCCUCGGAUUAAGUGACAGAACAACACAUCUAAUUCCUCCCACAUCCUUGAAGCCCUGAAUGUCACUCUUUGAAAGCACACAUCCAUGUUCUUAAUAGCAAAUAUACAAUAUUGUGGGUAAUUAGUGCAGUCAAUAUCGUCUCAGAAAACAGUGUUCUAUUUUGUAACUUCCUAAAGGCUGAAUAAGAGUGAGGGCCUGAAGAGGAUGGUGAUUGAUCCUGUACUGUGCCAAGCUCGAGCAUGAAACAGUGCUGGGGGGUGUGAGCAAACACAGGUCCAGGCUCUGGCAAGGAGAGCUUGCACCUUCUCAUGCCAGGCUUUGGCAAGCAAAUGUUUUCUUAACUGUUGUUUACUUUUCAGCUUUGUGCCAUGAGAGGAAGAAAAUCUGAACUAUGAGUAAAAGAGGCUUGCAUGGUUGUUGCAACUGGGGAGAAAACAUGUUGGUCACAUUAAUGGGAAUUGAAGGGAUAAUGAGCACAACUCUGACCAUAUAUCUGGCACUGACAGCACAGAAAAGGAGAGCAUGCGCUCUCCUCAGGUGAUGGGAAAGGUCCUGUCAGCAGUCAGGUAAUUGUCCAGAGCUGUUAUGAAAAGAGAUUGUUGGUUUUAUGGGAUUACUGAGGAAGAAAAUGGGAUUCUCCCCUUUAUAUCUUUGCAUUUCCCUCUGUAAAGCUCCACUGUGCCAUCCUUUUUAGCCAGGAAAGUAUAUUUCUGUAAAAGCCUGUCUGAAGAAGAAAUCUUCAAUCUGCAUUUUAUGACUCUCAUUGAGUUUGUCUGAUCCAGGCAUUUGUUGCAGCUCUCUGCAGAGGCUCUGCUCAUUUCUUGUUCUGCAGGACACCUAUUUGAACUGAGCAUGAAGGGGUAAAGCAGCACAAAGAUUGAAUUUCAGAGAUUCAUGUGUUCUCAAAAGCCUAAUGCCUACUGUUGCAAAGUGAUACUAAAAUAUGUCUGUAAAUGGUUUGGAUAUGCAAUCUUGCUUCUGUGAUUUCACAGGUUUAGUUGUGGUACUCUUCUAAAGGAAUUUACAUUAUUAAUAGAAAGUACUCUGAAAUGUUUGAGUGAAGGGCCUGAGAGUAUAAAUAUUGAAGGUACCUAAGUGAUCUAGGCUAUUAAUUUCAUUUUCAAAAGUGAAUAUUUGGAUGCUUUUUCAUAUGCUAUCCUACAUCUCUGUGACUUAAGAAUCGGGGAUGCUUUUUUCCCAAAAUCUAAUGAGUGUUGUGUGCUUGAAACCAUAUUAGGCUAAUUGUUUGACUUCAACAAUGGAAAAUAUGUCAUUGAAUUUAAUUUGGGAGCGGGAGCUUUUAUAAACUUCUUAUCAGUGAAAUGUUAAAAACAACAGUAUCACACAGUUUUGCUGGCACAGAGGUGAUGAGCAUCAAUCAAAAUCAACCAUGUUGCAAUUCUGUGUUGUAGGUGUGGAUAUUGGUGAUUUCUUCUUUUUAGCAACUAAAGAGUUACUAAAAAAAAGGAAAAAAAAAAAGAAAA